AAAUGGGUUUAUCUUUAGCCUGCCUAAUUCUUUCCCUCUGAUCCCACAAUCUUGACUGACUACACUCCAGUUGAUUAAGGACAGUCUUAUCUGAAGGACAACAAUAGAUCUUCCUUUCACUUACAUAUCCCUUCCCAACAAUGUUAUGGAUAUUCCAAACAGAACCCAAGUACAAAAAGUCCUCAAUUCAGGUGGAACCACCCCAGAACUUCCAAAAUUAAAAUAAUUAUAAAAGGAUACAAUACCCAUGGCCCAUGUGUAUAGAGACUUCUCUUUUUGGGUAGAUGGUGGCCCUGUAUCAGAUUGGUAUUGGAUAACCAAGUUUCUGCCAUGGCCACACCACAGGGAAGUUCAACACCUUCGGUCCUUCUGUGAGUUCUUCAACCAGAAGACGAGGUAAGAACGAGAACCUAAGAAUCAGAAGUGAAAAAUGUUAACAACUUAUUGUGGGCUUCCUUCACUUCCACCAAUUUCAUCAUCAAAAUUGAGUCUCUUCGACCAACCUUACCUUUCAAUGGUUGAUAAAAAUUGCACCACCAUGAGAGACCUGCAACAGAUUCACGCCCACCUCAUCAAAUCCGGCAGGGCCAAAGACUCUUUUGCUGCCAGUCGUGUUUUGGCCUUCUGCGCCUCCCCGUUGGGCAAUAUGGACUACGCAUAUCUGGUUUUUAAGCAAAUGCAAAACCCUAAUGUUUUUUGUUGGAAUACAAUAAUAAGAGGCUUCUCGCAAAGCUCAAACCCUCAAAUGGCUCUUUAUCUUUUCAUCCACAUGUUGGUUUCUUCGCAAAUAGAACCGCAAAGAUUGACUUACCCAUCAGUCUUCAAAGCUUACUCUCAACUUGGACUUGCCCAUGACGGAGCUCAGCUUCAUGGGAGGGUAGUAAAGCUAGGUAUUCAGUUUGAUCCGUUUAUCAGAAACACAAUCUUGUAUAUGUAUGCUAAUUGUGGGUUUCUGGAUGGAGCUCGUCGAAUAUUUAACCAACAAAUGGAAUUCGAUGUCGUUGCCUGGAAUUCCAUGAUUAUGGGUCUGGCUAAAUGCGGUGAAAUUGGUGAGGCGAGGAAGGUGUUCGAUAAAAUGCCUGUUAGAAAUCCAGUCUCUUGGAAUUCAAUGAUUGGUGGGCAUGUGAGAAAUGGGAUGUUCAAAGAAGCCCUGAAGCUGUUUGUCAAAAUGCAAGAACAGAGAAUCCGGCCUAGUGAGUAUACAAUGGUGAGCUUGUUAAAUGCGUCAGCCCAAAUUGGAGCCCUCAAGCAAGGGGAAUGGAUUCACGAAUACAUAAAGAAGAACAAUGUAGAGUUGAAUUCCAUUGUCGUUACAGCAAUCAUAGACAUGUACAGCAAAUGCGGUAGCAUAGGGAAGGCCCUCCAAGUGUUUGAGAAAAUACCCAACAGAGCAUUAUCCAGUUGGAACUCCAUGAUCUUUGGGCUGGCAGUGAACGGGUGCGAAAACGAAGCGGUUGUGUUGUUCAAAAUGCUGGAAUCUUCUUCUAAUCUCAAACCAGAUUCAGUUAGCUUUAUGGCUGUAUUAACAGCCUGCAAUCACGGUGCAAUGGUGGAUGAAGGCAGGGGAUUUUUCUCGCUGAUGACAAACACAUACAGAAUGGAAGCAUCAAUAAAACACUACAAUAUAAUGGUGGACAUGCUCGGGCGAGCUGGGUUUCUGGAAGAAGCAGAGCAGUUGAUAGAAACGAUGCCGAUCGAGGCAGAUUCAAUCAUAUGGGGGUGUCUACUGUCAGCUUGUAGAACAUAUGGGAACACAGAAAUGGGAAAGAGAGCAGCAGAGAAAGUGAAAGAAUUGGACCCAGAAGAGAGCAUGGGUUAUGUUGUUAUGGCGAAUAUUCAGGCGUCGACCAAUGACUUCGUGGGAGCAAUGGAGGAAAGGGUUUCAAUGAGGAUGAAGAAGGUGAAGAAAGAAGCAGGGUGCAGUGUGAUUGAAGUGGAUGAUGAAGUUCAUGAGUUCAUAGCUGGUGGAGGGAGGUCGCAUCCUAAAGCUCGAGAGAUCUACCUUGUAUUGGAUGAAUUGGGAGUAAUUCUAGGAGAUGAAACAAAGGAAUGUGGAGAUUUAGAGUUCAUCAAUGCACUACAAAUCUACUCCAAUUGACAUUAAUGAUGAUGAUGAUAUUAAUGUUUGAAGUUUUAAAAAUUGGGUCUCGAGGUUUUUUGAUGACUACUGAGAUGACGUGAGGAUUGGAUCAGCGGCAGCGGAAGAGCAGCAGGGAGAGAGUUUUGGUGAAGGAAAUAAAUAAAAAA